AUGUGUGAUCUGCUGGUUGGAAAACCUGACCUUGCUGUUGGUUUCCCAAGGAUCAAAAACUCUAGUUCCAGCCAACGCAGAAGUUCAUGGGAUAACGCUGGUCGGUUCGGAAGUUCGACAGAGGUGGCAAAGGGCUCCGCAGCCGACACCACGACACCUCCGGCAGAGUCGAAUCCCGGAUACGGCAUGUGUGUCCGGUCCGCCAGCCAGGACAAUUCUGAGCAGCCAGCCCAGCAGCCACCCAAGAGCACUGAAAGUCCGGCAGGCAAUUGCCUCCCUACCAUCAUGGACGUGGCUAUCCGCUGCACGGCACCCAAUUGCACUUGUGAAGGAUUCGCUCCAAGCAAGCCCACCAUCCGUUCGUGUGAUGCAUGUCAUCACGGAUGGGUCGCCCAUGCACUGGACAAGCUGGGAUUUCGUCAUCUCUUCAACUGCCACCAAGUGGAAUUGGUUCAGCCAACCGUCGCUUUCGAUGUGGCAUCGCUCAUGUUGUACGGAACAGAAGCGAUGCCCAUUCGACUGAAGAUACUUUUGGACAGACUCUUCAGCGUGCUGCAGCACGAGGAAGUCGUGCAUGUCCUACACGGUUUCGGCUGGACGUACGAGGAUUAUGCCAGAGGUUAUAUCAUUCAGGACACCCGAGGACAGGUGUUGGAUCGUUGGAUCAUGCCCACCCGUGAAGAGGAACCUUUAAUCCUCCAGCAAUUCCUCCGCUUCGGCGAGACCAAGCCCAUUGCUCAGCAACUAUUGCUCCAAGAAAGUACGGAACGUAUGGAACAAGUUCUACUUCAAGGAGCUCGCGAGUACUCGGAUUCGGACAUCAAGCGCUUCAUUCAGAGGACAGGACGGGGCUUGAUGCCCCUCUUACCACCCCCCUCUGUCGUGGCUUCAUCUCAAGCUUCUUCUUCACAGCCAGCCUUGGUGUCUGGAUCUUCAUCGUCUGCAGCAGUUAGUUCUGCUUCUGCUGUCAACAUGCCGACAUUGCCAAGCAGGACAAGCAAGCCAGCGUCUAGUGUCAGCUCUACUACGUCACUGUCCCCCAUUACAAGGUCUCCCAUCAACAGCCCUUUGUCUUCUUCGCCAUUGAACAAGUUACAGAAUAUGCAACCAUACGACUACAGAAGGGAUAGAAACAACAGUCCAGAUGCCAGAGAGGUCCCAAUGCUUCAGUUUCCUCUACAACAUCCAACUCCACUGCCAUCACCUACUCCAGCCACUUCCGGGGUAGUUUCAGGCACCACGACUUUGACAUCUGGAUUCUUCUCGCACACCACAACAACUCUCAGCGAAAGCUACGCCACAUCCAAUAACUCAUCUCUUCAUGGAGGAAUAACUUCCGACUUCAGUGCCACAGAUGAGGGUUCAGAAAACGAUUCUGAAGCAAUUAAUCUGUCGCAGCAUGCUUCUUCCCAUCACCACAGCAGCAGCUUAUCAGUAUUAGGACACAGUCACCUGGAUUCCAUCUACGCAGCAAAGAAGGUACGCCACUUGAGGAAGUCUGCUAAUCCGAUGAAGCGUCGCUGGAACCCAUUAAUGCUCAGUGGGCUAACAACAAAUCCUGCCACCGGUAAAAAGCGAGUGCAGUGUCAUGUGUGCCUAAAGACAUUUUGUGACAAAGGAGCUCUCAAAAUACAUUUUAGUGCUGUUCAUCUGCGAGAGAUGCACAAAUGUACUGUGGAUGGGUGCAAUAUGAUGUUCAGUUCUCGCCGUAGUCGUAACAGACAUAGCGCAAAUCCAAAUCCUAAACUUCACACGCCAAAUUUAAGAAGGAAACUGUCCCACCACGAUGGUCGAAGUUCCUUGCCGUUUCCCUUAAUACCACCAAGCACCUUGAUGAACUUUAAUAGUAGUAACGCUUCAGGAAAUAGCAAUCUCUUAUCUGUUCAACACCAUUUGAAUUCUGAACGUGAUAGAGAGGAAAAGAAAGUUGGAAGCAUAAAUGAUAGCUCUAAUAAAAUGGACAAUAAUCAACCAUCCAGCACAAUUGAUGAUCCUUCUCCCGAAGGAGUAAGCAGUGGCCGAUUGCCCGGUUUAAUUUUCCCUCAGCAUCGUAAAUCAGUUCUUCAUUCUCCUGAUGAAGCUCUGUCGCUCACGAAAAAACCGAGAAUUGAAUUAAAUGGUGACGUGAGUAAUGAUGGUGAUGAAGGAAUCGAUUUAUCCAUGAAAGAAGAUCAAAAUGGGUGUUCCUCUGGCAAUAAAGGUGUGAGGAAACGAAAAAGUUUUAAUCCUACAAAAUGUGCAGUGACCAGCGAUGACGAUCUUCAGUAUGUUUCCACAGACGAUAGUAGUAGCGAUACUUUCGUCGAUGACAAUGGCUUGCUUUCAAAAUCAGACGACUUCAGUUCUGAUCUUUUAGAGGACGACUCAAAAGACGAAGAUAUUGGCAAAGAUUCUAUACCGCACACGUCUUCUCAUCUUCCCACAUCUCUUUCUAUGCAAAUGCCUCUUUUGCAGCCUAGUGUUCCUGCUCAUAUGUCAUCAAAGCCAGAUGAAAAACCUGACGUAAGAUCAACUAAUAUCACUUCUUUCGCUUCAUCGACACCACGACCAGAUCGAAUACUUUCUAGAGAAAAUGAAAUGAGUUCAUUAGAUCUAUCUUCAAAGCCAAAAGAUCCCAUCAUCAAACAUAGCAAUGAAUCUGAAGAAGUUCUUGAAAGUCCACUUCGUCACUUAGAGACAUUGUCUUUAGGUGCUUUUACAGGUCUUCUCAAUCACAAAACCACCUUCUCACAUCAUAUCGCUUCAACCACAGGAAUAUCAUACCACGCUCCUGGUUUAGGUUUGGCUUCAACUCCAACUUCGAACAUGCACGAAAUGUCUAGAGACAGACGGAGUCACUUACCUCCGACUGACACGCAACCUAUUCCAAUACCGAUUCCAAGUAGUGGGGUUGGUGUGUCAGCAAAUGAUUCUGACCCCGAUGGCCAGCUCUCAAUGCUGCCAGUGUACAGAGAUGCAUCAAUGAUAGGUGCUGUAGAUAUUCCUGUUGAUAAAGAAAAUCCCAGACGAUGCAUUGCGUGCGGAAAGAUAUUCCAAAAUCAUUUUGGCGUGAAAACGCAUUAUCAAAAUGUACAUUUGAAGCUAAUGCACAAAUGCACUGUUGAGGGCUGUAACGCAGCUUUCCCAUCAAAAAGAAGUCGUGAUAGGCAUAGUGCAAACCUGAAUUUACACAGAAAACUUUUAUCAACAAGUGCGGAUAAAGGACACUUUUUUGACAAGAGUUCUCUUUUCCCGUAUCCCCAUCAUGGUCUGAGAGACGACUACUUCUCACGACUGUAUGAUCCACAAAAUUUACCUUUAAACUUUGCCACGGAUAUUUACCAUGGACGUUUCCCAGAGAGUUUUUUACCCCCUUCCGCAUUUGGAGGAGGACUUCUGCCAACUGGUUCACUUGGUGUCAUGCCCCCUUUUCAUCCAGCCUUCAUGUUGCCACCGACUUCAGCGUCUAGCUCACUACAUGAAGGCACGAGCAGGAUAUCUGACGGAAGAGAAGACACUCCUAUAAGCUCCAUCAGCUCCACACCCAGCCCGAGACCUAAAUCUUCAUCACCUUCUUCCAUCUCACCAGACAAAGACGAGACAAGCAGGGCCAGUCGCCGACCAUUGACGUUAGAUUCGGUGCUGGAACCGAACACCGAUGGACGUUAUUCUUGCAAAUUUUGCCAGAGACUUUUCGUGGACUCUGCCCAUCUUCGAGAUCAUUAUGAAGGAACACAUUUACCCAGUCUUUUACCCUGUCCCACCGAUGACUGUCCGAAGGUGUUCCUUUCAGCCUCAGACAGAGAUUCUCACUGCGAAGCUGAGGAUCAUCACCAUCACAGAAUCAAAAGAGAAAAAACUCCACCAACUUCUUGAAAUGUAGUUGUUUGAAAAGUUGAAUUCUUCCUUGAUUUCAAAUCAUGUUCUUAAACCAACAUACCAGUGCCAACCCAAUUCAGCAUUGCCCUGAGUGUUUUCAGAUCCGAUCUUCCCCGCGAGUUGAUUCGUGAAAGUUCAACUCGAUAGAAGAAGGCAAAGAAAUUUGCUUUACAGAUUCAUUGGGUGUGUUUCUCCUUCAUUAGCGAUAUACAUUUAAAGGUGCUUGAUGAACGUACGUAUUUCAAGUCACAAGAUUCUCGCCUGUGAUUUUAUGUGUAUAAUGAAUCAUCUGCAAACCCGCACACAAAUUAUUUAAAUGUUCUGUUUAUAGGUUAUGAAUCCUAUAAAUAAUGUGAAUACAGAUAUAUAAAUGAUGUACAUUAUGCUGUUUCACAGAAACGUGUUAGAUUUUCAGCAAUACCAUUAAAAAAGAGAUGACUUUAGAAUUUUAACGUCAGUGACGUUUUUUAUAUACUCUAAAACUGAUAGAAUAGGAUAUAUUUCUAUCUCGAGAGACUUCACUUUCAUUGGCCAAAACUGAGACUCAAAGAGUUAAUAUAACUGUUUCUGCGUGAUGUUUAUAGUUAUGACUGAAAACGAAAUAGAAAUGAAUAACUCUCUGUGUAUCGGGAGUAAAAAAUAUGUAUGCAAAUAUAUAAUAUAAAUACUUCUCCAUAUCCAUUUCAAGUUCCUUACCCGAAGAGUGUUCACAUUUCCUUUCUUGGUGUAAUUAAAUUAGA